AUGAACAAAGAGUUUAACAGCAUUGUGAAGGUUUGGGAAGCAGCAGUUAGGAAAUCAGCUGGACCUAAGAAAAGGGCUAAUAGAAUCUUCACAACACCAAUGUCUGUUGCCCAUGUUGAUGAUGAUGUUUACCAGGUUGAGAAGAUUCUCAGCAAUGGUGAUUUCUACACGGGUCAAUGGCUAAACAGUUUUCCAAAUGGACAAGGUAAGUAUCUAUGGACAGAUGGUUGUAUGUAUGUAGGUGAAUGGCAAAAAGGUAAUAUCACAGGUAAAGGUAGGUUUAGUUGGCCCAGUGGUGCUACCUAUGAAGGUGAUUUCAAAAAUGGUUUUAUGGAUGGUAAAGGUACUUAUAUAGGUUCUAAUGGUGAUACUUAUAAAGGUUUUUGGGUUAUGGAUAUGAGAAAUGGACAAGGGACACAAAGUUAUUGUAAUGGUGAUUUCUAUGAUGGUGAAUGGAAGAAAGGUUUGCAAAAUGGACAUGGUAGGUAUCAAUGGAAGAAUGGGAAUAAUUACAUUGGUCAAUGGAUGAAUGGUUUGUGUAAUGGAAAUGGUUCUUUGAUGUGGCAAAAUGGGAAUAGAUAUGAUGGUUGUUGGGAGGAUGGUUUUCCGAAAGGAAAAGGGACGUUUCGAUGGAGUGAUGGUAGUUCUUACGCUGGUGUUUGGAGUAAAGAUCCGAACGAACAAAGUGGUACUUAUAAUCCUUCUGAUGAUGAUGAUCCUUCCGAUGAUAUUCCGUCCGAUUGGGAUCCGAUGGACCUUUAUUCGGUUGAUUUGAAUGAUUGUCGUGUUUGUGGUUUAGAGAAAGUUUCGAUUUUUCCUUCGCAAAAGAAUUUGAACAUGUUUGGUUUAGGGGAAGAUAGUAGUAAUAAAAAGUUGUUAUCCAAGAAAGGUUUUGAUGCUAAUGGAAAGCCUAAACGGAAUUUAGGAGAUGAUAGGAUUAGUAAUUAUAGUUCUGAAGAUGGUUCAUAUAGUAGUUAUGAUGGAUCAAGGAGUCCUAUGAUUGAUCAUUCGAUUCCACGAGUUCCGAAUUUGAGAUUAAAGACUACGAAGAGACAAGGAGAGACGAUUUCCAAAGGUCAUAAGAACUAUGAGCUUAUGCUUAAUUUGCAGCUAGGUAUCAGACAUGCUGUUGGAAGACCUGCUCCAAGUACAUCUCUUGAUUUGAAGUCUUCUGCGUUUGAUCCAAAAGAAAAAGUAUGGACCAAGUUUCCACCGGAAGGAUCCAAGCACACACCGCCUCACCCGUCUUGCGAGUUUCGAUGGAAAGACUAUUGUCCCGUAGUGUUCAGAGCUCUAAGAAAAUUGUUCAAAGUAGAUCCAGCUGAUUACAUGAUAUCGUUAUGUGGGAAUGACGCACUUCGAGAGCUAUCAUCCCCCGGAAAAAGUGGAAGCUUUUUUUAUUUGACCAACGAUGAUCGAUACAUGAUAAAAACCAUGAAGAAAGCGGAAGUAAAAGUUUUUCUGCGAAUGCUUCCUGGUUACUACAAACACGUCCGAGCGUUCGAGAACACUCUAGUCACCAAGUUCUUCGGCCUACAUUGCGUUAAACUACCGGGAGCUUCACAGAAGAAGGUUCGUUUCGUCAUCAUGGGAAACCUAUUUUGUUCGCAAUACGCUAUCCAUCGGCGUUUUGACUUGAAAGGUUCAACGUUUGGUCGUACAACUGAUAAAUCCGAGGAUGAAAUAGAGCCUACAACGACGCUCAAGGACCUGGACCUAAAUUAUAUAUUCCGGUUGCGAAAGUCUUGGUUUCAAGAAUUUCACAGGCAAGUGGAUAGGGAUUGUGACUUUCUCGAACAAGAAAGAAUCAUGGACUACAGUAUGUUGGUAGGACUACAUUUUCGAGGAUUAUCGUGUAGUGAAGCCGGUACACCUUCUCGCAGUUCUGGCGCUCAUACUCCAACCGGUAACUUCGAUGAUGGAGCUCCUCGUCUGUCUGGCGUAGACAUAGAUCGUAUCGUAGUCGAUCCUAGCCGGUGGAUUCAGUUAGGUAUAAGCAUGCCAGCGCGAGCCGAAAUGACGACGCGGAAAAGUUGCGACACGCCUCAGUUGGUUGGAGAACCAACCGGAGACAUAUACGAAAUCAUAAUCUUUUUUGGUAUAAUAGACAUAUUACAAGACUAUGAUAUUAGUAAAAAGCUUGAGCAUGCCUACAAAUCAUUCCAAUAUGAUGCAACCACAAUCUCGGCCGUCGAUCCGAGAUUAUACUCGAGACGGUUUCGCGAGUUCAUCUUCAGAGUUUUUGUAGAAGACACUUCUUGA